UAAGAAGUUGAGUUUGUUUUAUGGUUUAUAUAAAUAUAGACAACCCUUAAAUGCAACUGCGCCACUGUAAAUCAUCAUCAUCAUAAUGAUCAUCAUCUCGAUUUCUCUGAAGCAAAUAAACGAGUGAAAACCCCCAAAAGACAUGCAAACAAAACAACAAGCGAUAAGACAGUAAGAUUACAACCCAGAUAGUGGUCCACUCAAUUGGAUCGGCGUCAGACGAGAACAUAAACGUCGGCUGAGAUAGAGAUUCAUCCCGAGUCCAAUUGAUUCCGUGAUCUGUUCGUGAGCCUCAGUUGAGCCUGAAUUUCGGACGAGAUCACAACGAAAUAUUUAAGCGCGUUUCGUAAAAACAUAAUUGACUUGUUAUCAGUAUCGUUGAAAUAUAAGGAAUAAAAUUUUAUUAUUUGAGAUUAUAAAAAAAAAACGAUAAACUGAAAAUGGCCAAGUGGCUGCUUGGCAUUUGGCUGGCGAUCCUGCUAGUGGAUAGACCCGGCGCGAAAGCUUAUCGAAAUGGCUACCAGUCGGAGCAAGUCGGGUUAUCAGCAGCAGGGCAGGGGCAAUCAAACUACGGAAGCGAGCAGCAGCAGCCUAUUUACCAGCGGGAUUCGGCAUGCCCGCCGUAUUUUUCGGGCCGAGUGGCAUAUCCCCACGACUGUCAUCGUUUUGUGAAUUGCUACAAUGGCAGUCCCACCAUUCAGACAUGUGGAACCGGAACGCUUUUUAAUACCAGGACCCUGGCCUGCGAUCAUUCCAGCAAUGUGGUUUGCUCAUCAGAGGAAACGAAACCUACUCGACUAGGACGGCUAAGUCAGUUUGAUGGUAAACCGAAAUGCCCACCGGGAGUGAAUGGCUUGCAUCCGCAUCCGACUGAUUGCACGAAGUUUCUAAACUGCGCUAAUGGCCAAGCAUUUAUAAUGGACUGCUCGCCGGGAACUGCUUUUAGUCGAGCAUCUCUGGUCUGUGUACACAAGGAUGUGGCAAAUUGUGGAACAGGAGGAGCAGAAACUUCGGAUCAUGGUGCGUAUAAGUGAUAAAUGUUUUUAGAUCUUACACUAACACCCGGGUUAGACUAUCCUGAAGUGCCAGUGGAUGGAUUGGGUUGUCCCCCAGGCACACGUGGCCGUCGACCCCAUCCCCACGACGUGUAUAAAUUUCUUCAAUGCGGUAUCGGUGUUAAGGCUCAGGUUGAGCAGUGUCCUCAGGGAAUGAUCUUCGAUAGCUCCAGUUUGGUAUGUGUGAAUUCUGACCCCUCUCGGACCUCUUAUCUCGCCUUUGCUGAGGUCAAUUAUCUCAUGUGUCCAAUAGGAGCUGUGGGCCUAUUUGCCCAUCCUUUCGAUCAGACAAAGUUCCUUAACUGUAAGGAUGGUAAGGUGGCUGUGCAAAGCUGCCAGCAUAAUUAUGUGUUUAGUAUAUCGAGAGGCUACUGUCAGAUCAAAACACUAUUGGCCUACAGUGACUACGUGUCUUUAAUCAUAUCCCAGACCAACUAUGAGUACUCAUUAAUUUUAAAUGCCUGUCCUUUCGGCGUCAAUGGGAUCCACUUAUAUCCCUAUGAUGCUGAAAAGUAUGUUCAGUGCUCAUCAGGUGGAAGGAUGUCUAUCAUAAGCUGUGGUCCACACAAGGCCUUCAGUGUCUCGCAAAGAUCUUGUCUCUCAAGACAGGUAGUGCAAAUCACUGAUCGUGUCAAGUUUUGGGAAGAAAUCCAAGUUCAGACAACGGUUGUUUCCCAAAACAAUAAUAGACAAGGGCGGCUGUCUCCAAGUAUAUCGUGUCCACAUAAUGUCGAGAAGAACUACGCAUAUCCAUUCCAUGCUGGACACUAUAUCAAGUGCCAGAAUGGAGUCUUAGAGAUUGUCUGUUGUCCCACUGGGCAGGUUUAUAGCUUGUCCCAAAGACGGUGUUUAAGUCGAAAUUAUCUCCAAGUUCAUGACUACCUGGAUUACCAAUAUAUCAGUAAUGAUUUUUCGACUGAAUUCAUGGUGGAUCGAUCGACUCUGACUUGUCCUCCCAAUAUCCAAGGAUACUAUCUACAUCCCUUUGAUUGCACAAAGUUCGUUAGUUGCUACAAUCAACAAACUUUCAUCGAGAGCUGCCCGACGGGAAAAAUCUUCAGUUUCUCCAAUCAGAAAUGCGUUCCAAAAGAGGAAUGCAAGGGUUCCACCGAUCAUGUUGAAUACUUGAUCGAGACCACGGUUAUCACCACCUAUGAGGAGAAUGGACCUAAACACGAAAAUAUUGGGGAUUUAACUUGCCCAACUGGAUCCUCUGGACCUUAUCCUCAUCCCUUCGAUUGCACAAAGUUUUUACAAUGUUCCAAUGGACAAACUUUUAUACAGAAAUGUGGACCUGGAACUGCUUUCAGCACAGCCAUUAAAAAUUGCGACUUUAUCAAUAACGUUGAUUGCAGUGCAAGGCACCUUUCUCCCGGUCUAAAUCAAGUUAACCAUGAUAACCAAGGACCAUCACAAUCACCUAACCCUUCUUCCCCAACUGCCGGGCACCUGUCAGAUAUUUCGUGUCCAUCCGGGGUGAACGGUCAAUUUGUUCACCCCUUUGAUCAAACAAAGUUUUUCCUUUGUCUGGCUGGUAAACUGACGGUUCAAAGCUGUCAGCCCCUUUAUGUCUUUAGCAUAUCCAAGGGUAGCUGUCAGCCCAAGACCCAGUUGGUCUACAGCGACUAUGUUAGAUAUAUAGUCUCUCAGAUCAGCAUUGAGCAGACUCUGAAUCUCAUUGCUUGCCCGGACGGCACCAAUGGUAUUCAUCCUUAUCCCUACGAUGCUGGCAAAUAUGUACGUUGUUCUGAAGGCCAGCUGUCUGUUCUAAGCUGUGGACCGCAAGCUGCAUUCAGUGUAGUUAAUCAAGCUUGUGGCCCGAGUAGUCAGAUAGACAGGCAAGAUCGUGUAAAGUUCUGGGAGGAGUUGGUGAUCCAGACUACAACAACUGAUACCAAUUUGGAUAAUCAGUAUGAUACGAUUCCACUCAGUUCGUGCCCAGCUUCUUUGCAGGGAAACUACACCUAUCCAUUUGAUUCUAAUAAAUUUGUUAACUGUCAGAAUGGGCGUUUGACUAUUCGUAAGUGUCCUCAAACGGCUGUCUACAGUUUACCUCGACGCCAAUGUAUUUCUGAUGAUCUUCUUGUAACCGUCGAAUAUCUGGAUCAUGGCUACAUAUUUAAACUAUUUUCGAAUUCCCUAACCGAGGAUUUUUCAACGUUGGUUUGUCCUACUGAAGCCGAGGGUUUUCACUUAUAUCCUUUUGAUUGCACUAAGUAUCUGAUAUGCAAGAAUAAACAAACACAUGUAGCAAGCUGUAAGCAAGGUGAAGCAUUCAGUAUAUCCCAGAGAAGUUGUGUCCUUAUAGAUGAGAUAACCUUACUCAAUGAUCACGUGGAGUGUUCUGAGGAGGAGAGUGAGGAAGAAGAGUCGGAAGAAGAUAGAGGAUACGCACCGGAUGGAGUUCAGCAAACAUCUGGAAAGUAUCAGCAACCGUCUCAAAGCAGUGAAGGUCGCAACCCACCCCAUCAACCUAAUGGUGGUUACCAGCAACCUUCUCAAGGGUAUGGAGAUUAUCAGUCACCAUCCCAAGCAAGUGGAGGUUAUCAACCACCCUACCAGCCUAAUGGAAGUAACCGACCAACUUCUCCAAAUGGAAGACCUCACCAACAACCAUCUUCUCAACCUGGUGGAGAAUACCAACCCCAUAUAAAUAAUGGAGGCUACCAACCAUCUUUCUCAACUAAUUGGCAGCCUAAUCAAACACAUGGAGCUUACCUGCCACCUUCCCAAGCUAGUGGAGGUUACCAACCACCUUACAACACUAAUGGAAGUAACCAACCAACUUCUCAGAAUGGAAGACCUCACCAACAACCAACCUCUCAGCCUAGUGGAGUUUUCCAGCCCCCAUAUGCGACCACUGGAGGCUACCAACCUUCUCCAACUGCUUGGGGUAACCAGCAGUCUAAUCAAACACAUGGAGGUUACCAGCUUCCUUCCCAAGCUAUUGGAGGUUAUCAACCGCCCUAUAACACUAAUGGAAGUUACCAACAACCUUCUUUUCAACCAAGUGGAGUUUACCAGCCGCAAUAUGCAACUAAUGGAGGCUCCCAACCAUCUUCUUCAUAUGAUUGGGGUUACCAGCAGCCAAAUCAAACACAUGGAGUUUACCAAACCCCUUCCCAACCCUACCCUUCUCCACCCUACAACACUAAUGGUCACCAACCAUCUUCUAAUGAAACAUAUGGAGAUCGGACAUCAUCCCAAAUAAAUGGAGGUUACCAGAUUCCACACCCAACUAAUGGAGACUACCAACCAUCUUCUCAAACUACCGGGGGAUACCAGAAACCUAAUAUAAUAUAUGGAGACUCUCAAUCGCCUUCUUAUGUAAGCGGAAGAGUCCAGUCUCAGACUGCUUUGGAUUACCAGCAAUAUAAUGACAUAUAUGAAGGUUAUCAGCCCACUUCCUAUCCUAAUGGUGGCUACCAACCAGGCUACAAUACCAAUGGAAGUUACCAACAAUCUCCUCAAAAUGGAAGAGACUACCAGCAACCGAAUCGAACAUAUGGAGAUCAGACAUCUUCCCAAACAACUGGAGGUUACCGACCACCUUCUCAAGCAAGUGGAAUUUUCCAGCCUUCUUCCCAAACAAGUGGAGGUUAUCAGAUCCCAUAUCCAGCUAAUGGAGACUACCAACCAUCUUCUCAAAUUGGUUGGAUUUAUCAGCAACAAAAUCAAACAUAUGGAAGCUCCCCUCCUCAUUUAAACGGAGGAAUCCAAUCAUCUUCUCAUACUACUUGGGGCUCUCAAACGAACGGAGUUCUCCAGCAUCCUUCCCAAACCGAUCAAGGUUAUCAGCCAGCUUCUCGAUCGAAUGGAGGAUAUCAGACACCUCCUCAAGUAAACCUUUAUCCUAGUUUACCAACUGCUCUGAUGUGCCCAGAAAAAGUUAGUGGCCUAUUUCCGAAUCCUUUCGAUGCUACUGGCUACCUGACCUGCAUUGAAGGGCACACCCUAGCCAGGCAAUGUCAGCCCCUUGAUAUUUUCAGCAUUUCUCAAGGCUACUGCUUGCCGGAGCAGCAUGUCGCUAAAACGGAUCGUGUGCCGUUUGAAAACAAGCUACUCCCCCAGAAUGAUCCCUUGGCAUGUCCUAAAGAUUUGGUGGGCUUUUUUGCGUAUCCUUUUGACUGUUCAAAGUAUUUAAGUUGUGGUCCCAACGGCAUGGAACUGCUGAGAUGCCCGAUCGAGCAGCACUACAGUAUCUCGCAUGGUUUUUGCCAGCCUCUUGACCAGGUUAAACGCGAGGAUCGUUUGUACACGCUCAGUGAGCUGCACAUAAUCUACGAGUGGACGCAACGAAUGAUGAUUGCGGGUGCAGUUACCACAUGUCCAGAGGGAAUUACCGGAACACUGCCGCAUCCGCGAUUUGCCACCAAAUACAUUCGAUGUGGUCCAGGCCAGGCCGAGAUGUUUGAUUGUCCAAGCCCUAAGGUUUUUAGCGUGUCCCGUAGGAUGUGCUUGAUGGAUGAUAAGCUACGCAGCGAUGAUCGAACCGAUUAUAUAGUUCUGGGGGCCUCUGUUUACUGGACAGCUCCCGCUAAUGACAAUCGCCAAUCGAAAUCCUUUGAGACUUCUGGUCUUAAUCAAUUCGGCAACCAAUAUACAACGAGGACUACCACCACAACCCGGGUAAUUGGAGACCGUUGGACAAAUAUGAACAUGCAGCGACCAUCAGGUUUUGGGCUGGACCAAAAUCCCCAUCAUCAGCAGCAACCAGAAUACAGUCCGGGUUGGGUUACCCAGGAGAUAUCAUACGUACAGCACGCGCCUGGCCAGAAUACCCUAUAUGUGGAGGGAUCCCUGCAGCCGAACCGUAAUUAUCCUACCUAUAAGACUCCAUUGGCGCCCAUGGCACCCAGCAAUACAGGAAAAGUUUAUUACGCCCAACCCGUUGAGGAAGAUGAACCGGAGCACAAAAGUCCAGUUCCAUCGCGUCAAAACUAUAGUCGCAGAAUUGAUUACGGCUCACCCGACAAUGGAUGGAAGCCCAUGCCACCGCUGGCUCCAAUGGGUGGACAAAAACCAUUAAACUUAGAUUACAUACCUCAUUCCCCUGGUGCCAGGGAACAACAACCCCAAGAGCCUUUGCCUGGACAGAAAACCAUUGACCUGGACUAUGACGACCAACAAAAACCAGAAGAUCCCUUUUAUAGACCUCUUCCCUCUCCGGGAUCCCCACCACGCUUCUAUCCAGAUCAGUUGCCCAGUGGAUCGAGACCGAUUGGUAGACAGCAACCAGUAGACUUUCAUCCAGACCAACAAAAGCCUUUGGAUCCUUACAAUAGUCUUCAGGGUUCGAAUAUUCCUUCGAGACACAGCCCAAACCCUUUGAGUAAUGAGUCCAAUCUGUAUGGUGGUCUCUUACCUCCCAAACCAGAUCCCAUCAAACCAACUCUUCCACCCAAUCCUUCAACUACUCAGACUCCAACACCACAACUGGCCAACCGACUGCACACCUUUCCCAUUUAUCCACCUGUGGGUAAUGAAACCCCUAAUAAGGAUCCCAGGCACCCCCACUACAGUCCCUCAUAUGCCGGAAUAUCCCACUCUCGGAAUGCUUCUUGGGCAAAAAUCCCUGUGACUAGUACGACUCCUGAUCCUUUCAAUCCUGAAUUGGGUGAAACCUUUUAUGACGAAGAUGAUUUUUCAACCACGACAACGAGACAGGUAUUGGUUCCCCCUCCCUUUGACCAUAGGUUUUACAGUCCUCACUCUCAGAUUCCCAGUUCUAGUCAAGUCUCUGAUCCUAAAUCCCAAGCGGCUAUGAAAGAGGCCCUCAAACUCAUGCUGCGUCCAUAUUUCAAUCAUAGUGGUAAUGCUCAAGAGAAAUUAGCCAAGCAGACUGAGUCAGCAAUAGUGUCCGUGAUUAGUAGACCUCCAAUCACUACGACCACACCGAAGUCCACUACGACAACUUCCACGACACCUAGAACAGACCUCGACUCUGACGCUGAACUGAUUAAGGCGGGUGAACAGGAGAGCCUGGAUUCCGUUGACGACGACUAUGUUUUUCCAGAUGCCAGGGAGACGUCCCGUACCGAGCAGACCCUAGAUCCCAGUACCACGUACACAUCGACCGACUUUCAAAGGAGCACCCGGAGGGCAGAGUUUGACCAAAAUACCCCAACUACAACCACAAUGAAAAAUAAUUGGCUUGCGUCUGGUCACAAUCGUGAUUACCAUCGACGUCAUCCAAAUUUACCCGAUCCGUUCUCCAAGCACCAUUCUAAUCCCCCCUCCCACCAACACCAUCCCCAUCAACAUCAUCAGCACAAUGCCGACUUCCAUCGUCGUCAUCCGGAACUGCCCAAUCCAUUUCCACAAAAGGAUGAAACUGGCCAGCAGGAGGAACUCGAAGAUGAUUGGGAGCUAAUGGUCAAUCCUAAUGCUGAGGAAGUUACUCCCAAAUUAGCUGCCCGAUCGAGUUUUAACAGAGAAUGCGAUUUCGAUUGCGGCAAUGGGAAGUGUCUGAAGAUGGACGAGGUCUGCAAUGGGCAGAAGAAUUGCGAUAAUGGCAAGGAUGAGGUUAACUGUCCGCCAUUGGACUACGAGGUGCGUUUGACAGGCGGCGAAACCCCAAAUACGGGUCGUAUCGAAGUCAAGGCGAAUGGCCAAUGGGGUUAUGUGUGUGAUGACAAGUUCGGUCUGAAAGAUGCAGAUGUCGUGUGCCGAGAGCUUGGCUUUCAGAUGGGAGCCCAGGAAGUCCGUGGUAGCUCUUAUUAUCCACCCCCCAACCAGGAUUUUAACUACCUGAUGGAUGAGGUUGAAUGUCAUGGCAAUGAAACCAAGCUUAGCGAGUGCACCUUUAAAGGUUGGGGCAUCCACAACUGCGGGGUUGAUGAAGUGGCGGGCGUAACCUGCAAGGUUCCAGUGAUGAAGUGUCCCAAUGACUACUGGCUAUGCCACACCUCCAAGGAAUGCAUCCCACCUGCCUUUGUGUGCGACAAUACACCAGACUGCGCCGACAAGUCGGACGAAUGCGCAGCCGUCUGUCAGGCCCCCGUUCAGUACCGUUUGGAGGGAGGACGCAAUUCAAAUGAAGGCCGCCUGGAGGUCAAACACCAUGGUGUUUGGGGCAGUGUUUGCGAUGAUGACUUCAACCUGAAGUCCGCACAAGUGGCCUGUAACUCUAUGGGGUUCUAUGGACCGGCGAAAAUCGAAAAGAACAUUUUUGGGAAUGGAAACGGACCCAUUUGGCUCGAUCAAGUGAUGUGCUUCGGAAACGAAACCGCCAUCGAUCAAUGUAACCACUGGAACUGGGGAGAGCACAAUUGCAACCACACCGAAGAUGUUGCUCUGCACUGCACCGCUGGGCCACCACCACGCAGUCAGAAGUAUUUCCAGAGCCAACUUAAAGGUGGCAUGACAGUUGGCCAAGAAACUGCAGCAAGGACCUAUUCCCAAAUUGGUCUGUGGGAACGAUCCAGCAAGGCACUGCAUACCCCUCGUCGUUGCGGAAUCUUCAAGGACGAUUUGACCGAUGAGUAUGCCCACCGAGAGGAGCGCGUGGUCAGGGGAAAUGUAGCACAGCGUGGUCGUCAUCCUUGGCAGGCCACCAUCAGGACACGUGGUCGUGGUGGUAUCUCCAGUCAUUGGUGUGGAGCAGUGGUGAUAUCCAAACGUCAUCUCCUCACCGCCGCCCACUGUUUGUAUGGCAAUCCCAAGGGAGCAUACUUUGUUCGUGUCGGUGAUCAUUAUGCAAAUAUAGCGGAGAACUCCGAGGUGGAUACGUUCAUUGAAAAUUGGUAUACGCACGAGAAGUUCCGCAAGGGAGCCCAUAUGAAUAACGAUAUUGCUGUGGUGGUAUUGAAGACUCCCCUAAGGUUUAACGACUACGUCCAGCCCAUUUGCCUGCCGGAUAAGAAGUCUGACCUUGUCGAAGGCCGCAAGUGCACUAUUUCCGGCUGGGGUUCCAUUAAGUCGGGUGUGUCCACUCCUGCCCAAGUUCUGGGAUCAGCCGAGCUUCCCAUUCUGGCCGAUAACGUGUGCAAGCAAUCAAAUGUCUAUGGAUCGGCCAUGUCGGAUGGCAUGUUCUGUGCUGGCUCCAUGGAUGAGAGUGUUGAUGCCUGCGAAGGUGACUCAGGCGGUCCGCUGGUUUGCUCCGAUGACGAUGGCGAGACUUUGUACGGUCUUAUUUCAUGGGGUCAGCACUGUGGCUAUAAGAACAGACCGGGUGUCUAUGUUCGUGUUAGUCACUAUAUUGAUUGGAUCUACGAGAAGAUCAAUGAGAGCUUGAAACGUCUUUAGGAAAACAGAUUUCCCAGCUCUCUAAAUUCUACCCUGUUACAUGACUUACUACUUUUGUAUAAGAAUUUUGUAGUUAACUUGCAAAUAAAGCAGAUUAUUUUAAAAAGUA